AUGACUGUUCUUCAGAUACGUCUACCAUAAAUCUGAAUUUUCUAGACUUUCUUGGAAGAAAGAAGCCGCGGUUUGAACUCGUUUUGCGUGCGGCUGCGGAGCGGUCUGUUACUGUUUGAGAAGGGACAGAGGCCGUUGAAAUAGGUCCAGAAAUAGUGCGCCGAAGCCGGAGGGCGAUAGAGUCGAAAACCGCAGGCGCAGCAUCAUUUCCGCCAUCACUUCUACCUGAUCAAUUAUCGGCCCUGCUUUUCAAUUACUUUUGAUAAGAGUUUUUUUGAGCAGUUUUUGCAAAAAAAGCACUCGUCAGCUGCCAGGGUUGUAGGUAAGGUGGUCCGCGAGUUUAAAUAAAAAAGGCCACGAGUUUUUUUUCAAGUGUGUAGAACUGCAGAGCAUGAUCAGUUUCACUCGAGUCAACAGUUAUUUCGAAAGUUAGCAAAAACAAUCUCAAAUUUCGAGAGAAACAUGCUUAAUGAGUUCGGAAAUUUCAAUUCUUCCUUCUUUUUUUUUUAAAGUUUUUUCAUUUCUUCGUUCCCCUAUUACUCUCAUAGUUUUCCGCUUAAGAUAGUUUUUCUUACCCUUCUUAUGCUUGGUAUCCAAGUCUCAAAAAUGUAUGAUAACAUAAAAUUUUUCCAUAACGUAAUAUAUUUUAUAGGGCAAUUAAGUUGGAUAGGUUGUAAAUUUUUUUAUUUUCUUUCAAUCCAUGCUUCAAAUUUCUAUUUAUUUCGAUGUGUUCGAGGUAUUACUUUCAUAUUUUGUAGACCACGAAUAUCGGGGAUAUCCUACUAGUCUUAUCAUGAUUUAAUGAAAGAUUUAGUAUUUCAAGCCACUUGGUUUGCGUUUUGUCACAAAUAGAAAGUUGAAAUGUUUGUUUAAUACCAAAAAUUGAAAGAUUUCCCAACAAACAAGUCUUGAGAUCCUCACAAUUAGAAAAAAAAAUCAUUCAAAAUCAAGAUAUUGUUUAAUGCGUGAUUAAUAUGAAAAAUAAGCUCAUCUCCAUCCUGAGUUUUCAGAAAGAAACGAAAUGAACGGGCUGUUGCACAUGCACGCUCCGGCGGUGAAGAAGCUUCUGGGGUGGAAAAUCGGCGACGACGAGGAAAAGUGGGCCGAAAGAGCCAUCGAGGCGCUCGUAAAGAAACUCAAAAAGAAAAAAUCUGCUUGUGGUAAGUCGAAGUUAAAAUUUUUUGAGAUAAUUCAAUUUCUUCUUAGUUCUUUUAAUUUUUGCCGACUGAACAAUCAUGACUGCUUUUAAAAUGGUAGCUUCUUUCAUGAGAAAAUGAAAAAUUUACAACAGGCUCUCUGGAAGAUCUCGAGUUUGCACUAGCGAACCCCGGCAUUCCCUCGAGAUGCGUCACGAUUCCUAAAAGCCUUGACGGGCGAUUACAGGUUUAUUCCCUUCCUCAAUUGUUCUAAUCACAAAGGAAACGUUCCAGGUUUCGCACAAAAAAGGUCUUCCUCACGUUAUUUAUUGCCGUGUUUGGCGGUGGCCUGACGUCGUUUCGCAUCAGGUUCUCUUUAAAUUCAAAAAAGUUCGAGAAUUUCGCUUUGUGUCCGUUGCUUGCUUGGUUACGAGUUACGAAUUGACAAGUUUAUUCAGUCUUCAGAGAAGAUUUAGUGCUGAAUCAUAUUAUAAAUUAAGAAGCAUUUUCCUUGUCAUGAAACUGUCCCAUACUUGCAUGGGGCGCACGGCGUUCUUUUGACGACGCCCCUCCCACAAUUUCCGUAAUAUUUGACGUCUUUUGUGCAUACACAGAACGACGCUAACUCGCAUACUCAUUAAAUUCAAAAAUAAUUUUUUUCCUCGAAAAAUAGCGUUUUUUCAAAACUAUUGCCGUGUUCAAAGUAAUUUCCGCGAAAUGCAAAAUGGUCUCUGACCCUCCAAAAUUUAGUUAUCUUUCUCUUUCUCUGACAGCUAUUUUGAAUUUCGCGGAAUUACUUUGAACACGGCAUAUAGACGUGGAAAAAAUCGAUCCUUUCACAAUUCCUUUUCUAGUUGACAAAAAACAUUUGGGUGAAAGUUUUUCUUAUUCUCUGAACACUUUCAUACCUUUCAUCCUCAAAAUUGGUUAAAGUCCUUUUUUUGAGUGAAAAACGUGGAGUUUUGUGCCAAAAAUGACUUAUUGUGGUUCUACGUGUCUUUCCCGACUUAUUGAAAAUUAAAAAAAAGUUUUCUUUACAGAUUUAGUUUAGUUCAUCCACCUAGUGGUAUUUUUUCUCCUCUGCAACAUCGCCAUACCAUUCUGAUGUUGCGAAAAUGAAGAGAUUGAUUGAUUCGAAUAAAAAAUUUAAUUUGACACUGAAAAUGUUGCUGAAAGGCUUUUUUUUUGCUUUAAAGGGAAAAUUUGGUCAAAACACAGCAGUUAAUAUUGAAAAUUGAAAAAAAAAGUUCCUUCGCAUUUUGCUGUCGCAAUAAAAAAUAAUUACCGUAAAUCAGUACGAAACAGAUAAAGAUACAACUGAAAUAAACAUGAAAAAUCACGUUAAGCACUUGAGCAACAAGAAAUUCAAAUGUUCGCGCGCAAGCUGUCUACCGUAAAUCUAGGUGGAGCAACCCUUCCAAGCCGCUCCACAUUUUCAAAAAUUUUACAUUUUCUUCCACUACGCAGAACGCCGUGGGCGGACUUCCGGAGGAGAUAAACUGUUUUAGGAGCUGCGGGCGAUCCCCGAGUGCAGUUUCCCUUAUGAAACGAGCAGCAAAACGCAGCACAUUUGCAUAAAUCCGUACCACUAUCAAAGGGUCCAGCGGCUCACUCAGUCGCCGUUUCUCCCUUCUUACGCUGCCUCUUCGCCUCAGUCGAUUCCUUCUCCACACGCCUCAGGUACCACUUUGAAGUCUGAUUUUUUUUUCUGCUUAGUAUUUUAUUAUUUUGGGUUCUUUCGAAAGAGCUGAUCCGCUUCAUCGCUUAAUAACUUUUUUUUUCCAUUUUUUAUAAUGUCUCAAUAAAAGCUUGAAUCUUAUAGGGAUUGUCUUUCAAAAAUAAAUGUUGAAUUUUUCGGAGUUAGGUCUUUUCUUUUUGAUUCUUACGAAAGUAAUGUGAAUAAUAUUUAUUUGAAGUUGUUCGGAGAGUUUCAAGUUCAAUGAAAAAAAUGUAUGCAGUUUUAUUAUAAAUCCUAUAUUUCACCCAAUUUCAACAUCAAAAAAACUUUUUAAAAAGAAAAAAAGCUUAUCAUUGCAAGUCCAACAGGACAAUUCCGAAAUUUGUUCGUUGUGGAGGAAGGAAAGACCUUUCAGGCGCCAGCUGGUUAUCUUUAUAAUUCAGUAUUUUGGUAGUGUUCGCCCUGUGUAUUUAAGUGACGUGUUGAAGUGUAGGGAAGUCAUAAAAGUUUUCUUUGUUCCAGGUGCCUGGGCGUCUUCUUCAGUUUCCCGGGCCACAUCUUGUGCCAGCUCGCCUAGUCCGUCUUUGUUCUCAGAGGACGGCGAUGCAGUGAGAUUUUUUUUUUUGGUUUUCAUCUUAAUCCUCCUUUCAACAAAAAUAGGCAUUUGAAGAGCUUAGAGGGUGAAUUAAUCCUAGGAAAUCUAGGCUCCGAGCACGAAGAACUGUUCCAUUAUAUCUCCAAACUGCUGGGCGACCAUCUCCUACUACGAACUUAACACCAGAGUCGGCGAGCUGUUCAAGGCAAGUUUAAUUUUUUCCUUUUUCCAACUUUUCCGGCUGACUUCCUCAUUCAGUUGAAUAACCGAUGUGUGACUGUCGAUGGGUACACGGAUCCUUCAAAUUGCGAUCAUCGGUGAUUUUGCCAUUUCUUUUCGUUGAUUUAACAAAUCGAUAUUCAGAAUUUGCCUUGGUCAAAUCACAAAUGUCAACAGGAAUUCGACCAUUGAAAAUACUAGAAAACAUAUUGGAAGAGGUUUUUUUUCGCUUUCUGUUCUCGCAAUUUAGUAUCUUUUUCUUCAGGGUUACGAUUAGAACUAAUGGAUAACAAUAACGUUUUUGUUGUAAAUUUGUCCGACGCUCCGAUUUUCAUCCAGUCUCGGAACGCAAAUAUCGCAAUCAAUCAGGCACCCACAAAGGUUUUUUUUAGUGAAAAAUUGAAUUUCAAAUUAAUUUUUAGGUCUGUCGAGUUCCUCCUCAACAUACAAUGUGCGUCUUCGAUUUUAAUCUUUUCUACCAGGUUUUCACAAUGAAAUUCUCAAUAUUGAAAUAAAAAAUUAAGAUGUUGGAUAGGACGCAAAACGGAGAACUCAGUGAGCUGCACGACCUUAACAAAAUGUGUUUCAUCAGGAUUUCCUUCGUCAAGGUUCUUUGAUAUUGAAGUUCUUCUAUAGUAUUUUGUUUUGAAUUAUGUCAUAGUAGUUAUUUUUUUUUUUUUUUCCGAAUAACCUAAGAAAAAUCAGUUCUAAGCCUUUUUCCGAACAUUCUUGGCGGUUCUUUUUUUCAGUAGUUUACGGCUCUUCGCAGAUAAUUGUUUUCUAGUUUGGGGACUACCUACCACAGAUCAGAUCUGCAAUGAGCCAUUUCCUUUGUCAGAAAAGUUUUUUUUCGAAUUUUAUAAUUUCUAUCAAUUCAAGAUAAUUUAUUGGUCAAAACAAUAAAUACCAAAUUUUUUAUGAAGAGGACCGAUAAAGUUCGAAUGAUUUUUCUUGGUAAUUUCAUUUUGACGACCUCAGGGCUGGGGCGACGACUACCCUCGCCAAGACGUCACAUCGACGCCGUGCUGGCUCGAACUCCGACUUCACGUUCCCUUGGCGGUCCGUUUCCUUUCAUUUAUGAAUAUAUCCCGCCUUUUCAGUGGAUCGAUCAAACUCUUCCACAGGCGCGGAUGCCAGAGAACGAGCCGACGUCCGUCUCCUGA